AUGCCUCCCAGAAAAUCUUCCGCUCCAACUUCUUCAGCUAAACCAGCUUCUCGAGCAACAAAACCAGCUUCAAAAGCUGUUCCUCCUACUAAGCCUGUAUCUUCAGCCAAACCGGCAUCUCGUCGAGGAGCAGCAACAAAAGAAUCCACUCCAGCAGCCGCUCCUCAAACAACCAUAGCUGAAAAUGGAUAUUCGGAAGCCACCGCCAAUGGUCAUGGCCAAGAAAACAAGAAGGUGAAUGGAUCAACUCCGAGAACUAGAAAAGCUACCUCGCCACCUGCAGAAGGUCCUGUAGCUAAAAAAGGGAGAGUUGGUGAACUCGUUCAACAAGCUAAAAGGGGUAGAAGAAGAUCGAGUGUCGGCUUGACUCAUGUCAACCCACUACCUCAAAUUCCUCCUGUCGCUUCUCCCCACAAUGCUUUGUUCAUUUGGGGUACGGGUGAUAUGGGUCAAUUCGGACUUGGUCCAGAUGAAUUAGAUGAAAUUCCCAGACCAAAACUUCAUUCGUGGUUCGAGGAUGAGGUUGAAGAUGGUAAGCUAAGUCGGGAUGGAGCAGAAGGAAGUGGUGGAUUGGAAUCCGUUGCUUGUGGUGGAAUGCAUACUUUGGCAAUUGAUGAAGCUGGUCGAGUUCGAUCAUGGGGUAUCAACGAUAACGCCGCUCUUGGUAGACAAACAAACAACGUGCCUGAUCCCAAUAACCCAGAGUCAAAUAUUCCCAACGAAGACCUGGAAACUGUACCACUUGUCGUAGAAAGCCUUGAAAAAGAAGGUUUCAGAGCUGUCAAAGUCGCCGCCGGAGACAGUGUCAGUGUGGCUAUCUCAGAUAAAGGAGAUUUGCGAGCUUGGGGUAGUUUCAGAUCCAAUGAAGGUGUUUUAGGGUUUGAUGGUGUUGUUGGGCAUCCAACAUUUCAAUUCACACCUAUCUCGCUUCCUGUCUUCAACAAAAUCAAGAUUUCAGACGUAUCAUGCGGGACCGAUCACGUACUUGCGUUGACCACUACAGGUCAUGUAUAUGUCUGGGGUAAUGGACAACAAAACCAAUUAGGACGAAGAGUUAUCGAGAGGAGAAUCAAAAACUCAUUAGAACCUGAAAGAUUAGGAUUGAGAGGAAUCGUUUUGGUCGCCGCUGGAAGUUUCCAUUCUUUCGCGGUGGAUUCAAACGGAGUAGUCUGGGCAUGGGGAUUGAACACAUUCCAUCAGACUGGAUUACCUGGAAAUCAAGAGAUGAUCAUUACACCUGCUCAAGUGGAAGCCUUACACCCUGACAAUCAUGAUGGAAGUAGAGUCAUUCAAAUUUCAGGUGGUGAACAUCAUUCGCUAUUCUUAUUCGACAAUGGAGAAGUCUGGGCUGUAGGUAGAUCAGACGCCAGCGAAUUAGGUAUACAAGAAGACCAUCCUGCUUAUGAAGGUCUCAAGGAAAGAAGACAACAAACUCAAGACGAAAGAGAAGAUCGAGUAUCUGAAAAACAGAAGAAAUUAGAUCACAUUAAUCAAUCCUCGAAGGUUGAUGAAGGCGCAAAGGAAAGAGUUGAAAUGGAAUUAGCUGAAGCUCAAGCAGCUUUAAGAGUUCCGAUGGGUGAAUACGUUCCUGACCCUAUCAGAAUCUGCUUCCCUCCUAUUCCAGAGACAUACGAAGUUGUUCCUCCAUUCCCAGCAUACAAAGAUUCCAAACCAUCAGACAAUCCAAUCGCAAACAUCUCAGCGGGUACAAGACAUAAUUUGGCCAUAUCGAGAUCAGGCCACGUAUACUCUUGGGGAUUAGGUAACCAAGCUCAAUUAGGAUUAGGCGCGGAUACAGAGACUGCCGAAGUACCAUCUUUAGUUCGAAGCAAAUUACUCCGUCCUUAUUCUGCUAAAGUCGCUUCUGCAGGUGGUCAACACUGUGUCCUUUUGGCCACUAAGAAAUCAGAUUAA